AUGGUGGACUACUACGAAGCGCUAGGGGUGAGCCGCAAUGCCACCGCCGAGGACAUCAAGAAGGCGUACAGGAAGGCUGCGCUGAAGUGGCACCCGGAUAAAAACCCAGACAACAAGGAGUACGCUGAGCAGAGGUUCAAGGAGAUCGCUGAGGCGUACGAAGUGCUGUCGGACAAGCAGAAGCGCGAUGUCUACGACCGUUAUGGCAAGGACGGACUCAUGGGUGCAGCUGGCCCGGGGGGCUCCAGGGCCGAUGCCGGGGCCCCCGAAUUCACCUUCACGUUCCGCAGCGCUCAUGACGUCUUCCGGGAGUUCUUUGGCGGGCGAGACCCCUUCGCCGACUUCUUUGACGAGAUGCUGCCCUUCUCCGAGCUGCGAGGACCUGGUCCACGGCACCACGGAGGUGGCCACUUCUUUUCCCCCUUCCCAGGAUCCUCAGAUUUCUUCGCCUCAUCCUUCAGCUCCGGUGCCGAC